UCUUUUAAAGAAGACCCAAGUUCCUUGUGUGCCAGUGAAGAAGGAAGAGUCCCAACAUGGCCGUCCGUCCCUCUUUGAUCUGCUUCUUCUUCCUCGCUGUGCAAGACGGAAACUCUGGUCUCGCCAAAGCCCAGAUUCCUUUCUUCACACGGACACAAGGACAAGCUAUCACAGUUACAUGUACCUUUACUUUAUCAGGAAGCAGACUAGUCUUCUGUAAGAAUGAAUGCAGAGGAGAAGGAGAGAUUCUUAUUGAAACAAGUAAUAUCACAGCUCAGAGUGGCCGAUACCGGAUAGAAUAUAAAGAACUACGACUAGAAACUAAUGUUUUGGUCAGCAUCUCCCAGCUGACCUCGUCUGACUCUGGACGGUACUGGUGUGGAUUGGUACGCCAUACAACACUCUUCCACUCCGACUUUAGACUCAUUGUUGUUGACGCCCUGCUAACAGGAAGUCCUCCUGAAGGAACAACCUUCAACAAGACAUCUGGAGAUAAUAUUGUAGUUGCCUGCGUCUUUUCUUUCUCUGGAAGAAGGACGUACUUCUGUAAGGAUCAAUGUGAAGACAAAAACCUUCUCGUUGAAACAACCCGUCCCAGCACUCAGAGAGACAGAUACGGCAUUGAAUAUGUAAGAGGAUCUCCAUCUGGAGGAAAUGUGUAUGUGUCCAUCUCCCAGCUGACCAGGUCUGACUCAGGACUCUACAAAUGUGGUCUGGACACGCAUUUGUCCCUGGAUCAUUACCAUGAGUUCAGGAUUGUUGUAGCAGACGGGGAGAUUCAUGCUUGGACCACAACUGGACCAAUCACCACUCUGCCGGGCACUGAGACCCCAACACCCAGAGCUGCAGGAGCGCUGCUGUACGGGGGUCUGGCUCUGCUGGUCUUGGUCCUGGUCUCUCUGCCUGUGCUGAUCUUCUGCAGGAGGAGGAUGUCUAAAGCCAUAGCCGUUACCAUGGAAACCAAGCACGCUGUCUCAGAGACCCACCACGUGUAUGAGGACUUCAGAGAGGACGGACAGAGACGGUGUCCUCCUGUAGAAAUGUCUUCAGUCCACUCCACCCCCAAAUCCUCCAAACCCAGCGGGGCUGAGACCAACGUUGACUACAGCCUCAACACUGCAGCGAACUUACACAAUACAGCCGAAGACGACUCCAGCAGACUCACCUACUCCACGGUUCACUUUCCAAAGGGGGCCGCCGACUCGGUGUACCGCGCCCUCAGCAGAGACGCAGAUCAGGUGGUCUACUCUGUUCCUCAGGUUAGAGAGCGCCCUGAUGCUGACCGGCCUGGAGAUGACCCCCCCUGUCUGUUCCUUGGGUUAGAAACCGCCCUGAUGCUGACCGGCCUGGAGAGGACCCACCCUGUCUGUUCCUCGGGUUAGAGACCGCCCUGAUGCUGACCGGCCUGCAGGCGUCUCUGAUAUAUAUUUCAAUCUUUUAACAACCAUAAAACACAGAAACGUACCGAUUGUUGCAGCUAGAAGCUAACGAGCUAGCGGUGUCUUCAGGGUCUUUCUAGCCCCUACAAGUGGUUUUCCAUCCUGGAACUUGGGCCUUUUACACGGUCAUUGAGCAUUAAAUCCAAACUGUUCCAUCCAAGAUUUAUCCACUUGAUAAUAAUCCAUAACUCAUAAUGUUUUCACUCAUUUCUGCAGCUAGCUCCGUGCUCAGUGUAUUCUGUAGCUCUCCAAUGAUAAAUUGCAAGUUUAUUUAGGGAAAUGGAGGUCCACUAUAUGCCUUAAAUAGGCGACAGCAAGAUCAAAGAGUGGGAAAGAUAGUAAUCGUCCAAGUCAGACUGGUCUAAUGUCAUCAAGGAUAUUAUAUAGAGGACAAGAUAGAUAACUACCUUUUACAGAGGGGGAUGGACACACUGGUGGGAGAUUUGG